AAACAGCACGAAUUUCAAGUCAGGAUAAAGUCACAAUUUUUUCAUCUCUCAGGACUCUCUCUCGCUCUCAAAACUCUCCGUUUCCCUCUCGUUAUCUCCGAUCUUCCGUCAGUUGAGUCGCGGCGGCUGAGUUGAAAUGGCAGGUAGUAGAUGGAUCCGGCCUGAGGUUUAUCCUCUGUUCGCUGCCAUGGGAGUCGCCGUUGGUAUCUGUGGUAUGCAGCUCAUCCGCAACGUCACCAUCAAUCCUGAAGUCAGGGUUAACAAGCAGAACAGGGCUGCCGGAAUUUUGGAUAACUUUGAGGAAGGGAGAAAGUAUUCUGAGAACUUUCUGAGGAAAUUUGCUCGUAACAAGAGUCCUGAAAUUAUGCCAUCCAUCAAUCGCUUCUUCACAGACCCCAACUAAACUGAUCAAUUCUUCACUCCUAUGCAAAAUUGUUGGAUACAAUGUCUGCAACCCAAUGCUGCUGUUUGUGACAGAAGUUUAGUUGUAGUGAUGUGUGUUUACUGAAUGUGGUUCAAACUGAAAAUAAUAUAUGGGUGUUCGCUUUGCAACUUUUUUCUACUUUGGAAUGAACUCUGCAUCCUCAGUAUCAAAAAACAGUACUGAGUUCUGAAUCUAUUGAUGUUUCAUAUUUAAUAAUGCUGUGUGAAUAUUACAGUGGGUGUUGCUGCUAAUUGCAAUAUAUGGAGUCAUUUGAUGAGA